UCCUUCAAAAACCCACAAAGGAUACAGAAUACUUGAGCAAUUUGAGACGUCGUCGUCUUCAUCAAGAAACAAUGGCAGCCAUUAAAGUCCAUGGAAGCCCUUUGUCCACAGCUACUCAGAGGGUGCUUGCAUGCCUUUACGAGAAAGGAGUCGAUUUUCAAUUUGUUCCUAUAAACAUGGCCGCCGGUGAACAAAAAUCCGACAACUUCCUUGCCCUCAACCCGUUCGGUCAAGUUCCAGCUUUCGAAGAUGGGGAUUUGAAGCUCUUCGAAUCAAGAGCAAUCACCCACUACGUGGCCCAUGAAUACACCGGCAAAGGGACCCAGCUGUUGAUCACCGGCUCCAACAAGGAAGCGGCGGUCUUAACAUUGUGGCAGGAGGUGGAAGCUCAGCAGUUCAAUUCUCCGUCUUCAACCUUGGCCUGGGAACUGUUUUACAAGCCGUUUUUUGGACAGGCCACCGACGCCGCUAAAGUGGAGGAAAACGAAGCCAAGCUCGGGAAAGUUCUCGAUGUGUACGAGACUCGGUUGAGUCAGUCAAAGUACUUGGCUUCCGGUCACUUCACCUUGGCCGAUCUGUACCAUCUCCCCAACAUCCAGUGCCUGUUGUCUACGCCGGCGAAGAAGCUGCUAGAAUCGCGGCCUCAUAUUGACGCUUGGGUAAAGGAUAUCACCGCUAGGCCGGCGUGGUCCAAGGUCCUCGCGAUGCAAAAGCAGUAGAAAGAAGUGCUUUUGGCAUUCACCCAUGCUGUAGUAGUGGUGUGUUUAAUGAAUAAUGGCACUGUCGUAAUAUUUUGCAUUUUGGUUUCAGUGCAGCGUUUUCUUCAAUAAUCUUCCAUGUGGAAGAUUGAUGAUUUAACGCCUUUGUGGACUUUUAUUUUAUCGUGUUUCUCUC